AUGAACUUGGAACUUUUAAAUCCAUUUUCCCAGGAGUAUCCAGAAAGUUUAACGUCGUCACUUUCAUAUGGGCAUGCAAUGUUGAUUCGGUUUAAUAAAAAAGGCGAUCAUUUAGCAGCUGGUCUUUUUGAUGGUGCUGUUAUUAUAUGGGAUUUGCUAACAAAUGGUGUUUCAAGAGUAUUAAAAGGACAUACUAGACCUAUUCAGUCUGUUUGCUGGUCUAUCGAAGGUCGAUACUUAUUAUCAGCUGCUCGUGACUGGAGAUGUGUAUUAUGGGAUCUUAAGGACGGUUCUCGUAUAAAAACAAUACGUUUUGAUGCGCCUAUUUGGGGUGCUGAGUUACACCCAUUUAAUAGAAAAAUUUUCGUUGCAUCUCUUCUUGAAGAUGUCCCUAUUCUUACUGAUAUAUCAAAAGGAGAUAUUCAAAAACAUAUUCUUCCAACAAUUCCUAAAAGACCUUUAAAUGAAGGCGCAGAAGAAGGGGAGAUUGACGAAAAAUUAGUGUCACAAGAUAUAAAACAAUUUACACUUGUUUGUACAUUUAAUAGUACUGGAAAAUAUAUUUAUAGUGGCACUACAAAAGGUUGGCUUAAUAUUAUAUCAAGUACAUCUUUGGAAAUACUUUAUUCUUUUCGAUUGACCAAUUCAAAUAUCAAACAAAUACGUUUAAGUCCAACCGGAAAAACACUUGUUGUAAAUUCAACUGAUAGAAUUGUUCGAACGCUUUCUAUCAUUGAUGAUCCAGAAAAUCUAAAUGAAUCAUCAAUUGAAAUAGAACAUAAAUUUCAAGAUGUUAUCAAUAGAUUCCAAUGGAAUGCAUGCGCUUUUAAUUAUUCCGGGGAAUAUGUUAUGGCAUCUACUUAUCAAUCAGCUCAUGUAAUUUACAUAUGGGAUAGAAAUACAGGGUCCCUUGUAAAAAUUUUGGAGGGACCUAAAGAAGAAUUUAUUGAUAUUGAUUGGCAUCCAGUUUAUCCUCUUAUUGCAGCAGCAGGGUUAGAAACAGGGACUAUUUAUAUUUGGUCUAUUCCACAAACAGAAGGAUGGUCAGCUUUUGCACCUGAUUUUACUGAAUUGGAAGAAAAUGUUUUGUAUGAAGAAAGAGAAGAUGAAUUUGAUAUUGUUCCAGAAGAGACUAAGAAAAACAUGGUUAAUAAUGAUAAUGAUGAUGAUGUAGAUAUAAUAACUAUUGAUAACAUUCAAAACACUGUAGGCUCUACUCAUGUAGAAGGGUUUUUACUACCAGUACUAUUCGAUAGUGAUUAUACAAGCUCAUCUGAAACAGAUGAUCAAAAAAAAAAUAAAAAUAUGAAAAAAUUAGAGAACUUUAAAAAUAAUCCGAAAAGAAAAAGAAAUGAGUAA